CGCCGACGGCCCUCCACCUCCGCCUCCGCCGGUUGCCUCCGACGCCGACGCCGACGCAGCCUCCGCCUCCCUCUCGCGACCUCUUGUCCCCUCUCUCUAUCUUUCGUCCUUGAAGUCACGCCUCUCUUCCAGCAAACCCCGACGCCGACUCCCCUCCGUCGAUUGCCUCCGUCGGCGUCGGAGUCCGUCGCCCCCGUCUCCUCCGCCUCCGCCUACGCGCCCGACGCCAACGCGUCGAACCACGACGGCAAAAAUGGAGGAGAGAGAAACGACGAAGCAGAAGACGGAGACGAAGAAGCAGAAAAGCGCGCGCUCGGGGUUCUGGACAUGGGUCGUUGCGUCGGUUGCUUUCCGGCUCGCCCUCGUCUACCUCCCCAGGAACCUCCGCCUGUCCACCCGCCCCGAGGUCGCCACCUGUCUCACCAGCAUUCGCCGCCUUGGCGAAGGCUACUGGUUGAAGCAGUCGGUGAUGUCUCCCUACGCAGGUUCCAUGUGUCACGGUUCUCCUUUGCUGUGGCUCGUUCUUGGACUUCUCGCUGUCAAAAGGAUCCUUUUAUCUUCCCUCCAUACCACAAAGCAGCAAGGGAGCCUUUUGACUACUAUAUGUUUGGUCAAAAUUACAUCCAUCCUCUGGUUGAUUUCAGAAACUCAUAUGUUGGAAACAUUCCUGUUUUUCAUGAAAUCCGUGAGAAACUUCAGGAGGGCCACAACAUCGUUUUGAUAUCCAACCACCAAACGGAAGCAGAUCCAGCUGUUAUUGCUCUGCUUCUUGAAGGAACACAUUCACAUAUUGCGGAGAAUGUGACUUAUGUAGCUGGAGAUAGAGUUGUAACAGAUCCACUCUGCAAGCCCUUCAGUAUGGGAAGGAACCUUGUUUGUGUAUAUUCGAAAAAGCAUAUGUUUGAUGUUCCAGAGCUUGUUGAGAUGAAAAGGAGAUCAAAUACACGAAGCUUGAAGGAAAUGGCUUUGCUUUUAAGGGGUGGAUCACAACUACUGUGGAUUGCGCCAAGUGGUGGCAGAGAUCGUCCUGAUCCUCUUACAGGAGAAUGGUAUCCGGCACCCUUUGAUUUUGCUGUGGUAGACAAUACGAGGAGGCUUGUAGAACAUUCUGCCGUGCCAGGACAUCUCUACCCAUUAGCAUUAUUGUGCUAAGAUAUCAUGCCACCUCCACCCCAGGUGGAGAAAGAAAUUGGUGAAAAAAGAGUGAUUACUUUCCACGGUGCUGGGUUAUCAGUUGGACCGAGAU